UAUCUUCCGACUUGGAUAAUUUCCCACUAAAGUUUAAAACCAAUAAUCUGCGGUCCAUGCACGGCGCCGUAUCUUAUACAUAUCCAUUCUAUAAGCUUCUCUGACUCUCAAGUUUCAACAGCCGCACGCCCACUCUCAUGCCCCUUCAACUGGAGGUCGCUUCCGUAUCGAACAUGGUAGCAAGCACGAUACUGUGCUAUGACUAUCUGCUCACAUGGAGGAGGGAAGUGGAUUUCUUUUGGACGAAACCCCGCAGGUCAUGGAUGUUCGCACUCUUUGUCGCCAAUCGUUAUUUCACCAUUUUGGCUCGUAUGCCUGCAAUGGUAACUAAUUCAUCCCGCCGUAGCUGCAAAGCAGCUGGUGUCUACGAGCAAAUCAUGAUCGUAAUCAUACAGAUCAUAGGAGGAGUCAUCAUGAUCAUUCGGGUAUACGCUCUGUACCAGAAAAGCAGGAGGGUAGUCCUCUUCCUGAUUUCAUUUGCUCUAGCUGUUAUUGGAGUAGGCUGUUGGGCCAUUCUAUCUCCCUCGUCUGAUACGUCUCCGGCUGUACCAGCCCCUGCGUUGCGUUAUGGAUGUAAUGUCCCCAUUACCUAUGAUCAGGCUGAACACAUGGCGAUUGCGUGGGGCGGUCAGAUGAUGUUUGACGCCAUCGUGUUCGUACUUACCCUAUGGCGAACGUUGCGUAUCGGAAGAUUAGGACACCGCGCGCUAUUGGAUGUCUUGAUACGUGAUGGUGCGUUGUAUUUCGGACUUAUGACCAGUGCCAAUGUCGCAAAUAUCACUGCCUUUCUGGUAGCCACGACGUCGCCGACGAAAUCGCUCCUUGCGGGGUUUACCAACGUCAUUUCCUCAACUAUGAUUUCUCGCCUCAUGCUCAACCUCCGUGAUCCCAAAAUCUUGAUGUACUCUCAACCUGCGACGCCCAUGGACCAUUCAUCAAAUUUCUGUUCAUAUUACGAUUCACCAAUGCUCUUGACGACAGUUAUGGAAGCGGGAUGGUCAUGUUCAUGUCCACAUACAUCAAGGCCUUGUCACCCUGUAGGUGGGUGUGUGGGAUAUCAUGGUGAUGAAUCAAUGGGGGGUUGCCACAAUGCAGCUGGUGUUGAGCCAGGGAUAGAGCUGCAGCGGAAGCUGAAGGGGAUAGCGAUGACACAUAUAUCAUGAGUCCGACAGGGAUUUUCCAGUUCCGUGCGUUCAUAUUUCCUGGCCA